GGCGCGCGAAGCGGUGUGCAGAUGUGUCGCAGAUUUUGUAAAGUCACUGGACGCACAGAAAGAUCCCGCUGGAGGAAGUCUCUCCGGAACACCGGAGCCGGUAAUAAAGCUGUGUUUGGGGGGAGGACAGCACCGGACAGCACCGGACAGCUCGGGUUGUGCAGCAGGAAGACGUUUCUCUGACUGUGUGAAGCCAAAGGACGGCCGCGUGCACACAGAUGGAGCUGUCAGCUAUCGGAGAGCAAGUGUUUGCUGUGGAGGCAAUCGUGAAGAAAAGAGUUAAAAAGGGGAAUGUGGAGUAUCUGUUGAAGUGGAAAGGAUGGCCUCCAAAGUACAGCACCUGGGAGCCUGAGGAACAUAUUCUGGACCAGCGCUUGGUGAAGGCUUAUGAAGAGAAAGAGCAGGAAGAGAAAACUUUGGGGCACAAGAGAAAAGGAUCCAAAGCCAAAACACUCGUUCUGCAGGAUACUGUCUACACCAUGGACCUCCGCAGCGCUCACAAGACUCCAGAGCAGCCUCCGCCUCGCCUGCGCCUCUCCCUGACGCGCUCGCUGCUCCCGGAGGACGAAGAUCAGCCGUACGGCGCCUGCAGGCGGGACCCACAGCUGGAGCAUCGAGAAGUCCAACCCAGGAGGUCGAAGUUCACGUGCCUCGACUCAAACCCUCCAAGUCCCACACAGGAGGACUGGGAAGGCUGGGGAGAGGAGGAGGACGUAGGAAGUGAGGAGGAUACAGAGGAGGAGGCUCUAAAGGAGACGGCGGAGAGGAGCGGAGGCACUUUAGAUGGACAGCGGAGGACAGUCGAGCGGCGCUCUAUCGCACCGCACGAGAUCACCGCGGCGGGGAAGCCGGACGACGUCUGGAGGCCGAUCGUCGUUCCGGGGGAAGUGACGGUCACAGACGUCACCCUCAACUCCCUCACAGUGACUUUCCGGGAGUCCAGAGUGGCCAAAGGCUUCUUCAGAGACUUGGCCCUGAAGGUCUGAUAUGGGAUGUAUCAGGAGGUCGUGGGGGAGGGCACCAAGAGACGCCAUCACAGAGUGUGAUGUGUGUUUGUAUUCCCUCUGGGUCACCUCUGCUACUUCCAGCCUGGUCAGUGUACGUUUACAUGCACAGAGUCACCUGGACAGUCAACCUUAUAUUCAGAGUUAGUCAGCGUUUUAGCACUUCCUGUUCUCUUGUCUCAAAGUCGAGGGGUUUUUGGUUAGAUACGUUUGGAGGCAAGCUCAAGAGAUUGUAACGUUUUAUUCUACGACAUAAAAUACUCAAACAUGAUCAGAAUAUUUUAGUUUCUCACCGUUAACCAGAGGUGGAGGAAGUAUUCAGAGUAAAAGUACAAGUAAAGGUAAGUAUAAUCGGAAACAACAAGAAAAAUCUCAAAUUAAUUAAAAAAAACUCAAUAUUAUUCAAAUGUUUAUAGAUUACAAUGAAUUUUCAGUAAUUGAUGAAUCGACUAAAGGUCUGGCUUUCCUUGUAUAAACUCUUAUAUGUAUAAAGUCUUUAAGCAGAAAUCUUAAUUUGUAAAGUAACUAAAGCUGUGAGAUAAAUGUAGUGGAGUGAAAAGUACAAUAUUUCCCUUUUGAGUUGUAGCGUAAGUAUAAAGUGGCAUGAAAUAAAGAUAGUAAAUGUACUUAGUUGCAUUCCACCACUGCCGUUAACUACAUAUUUAUUGCAAAAUAAAGUCCCAUGUUGGUUCACCUGAAGGGGAGGGGCUCCACAGCGUACCUUCUAAAGCAGGUAACAUAAUGAGCAUAAAACAUGGAAACCUUCUUACCUGCUGUCACGCUUUUAUUUUGUGACACGUGUUCUCUGUGCAUGUAAACAUGGCCGCUGUCUCUUCCACACUAAAGUAACUGAACGUAUUGUAAAUACUCCAGUGCUGUACCUGUAGCCUGUGAACACAUAGACUGUGACACUGCGACACGUGGCUUAGUCUGCGUUUCAAACUCCUGGGAGACGAUUUGAUCCGCCUGCAUGCCUUUCCUCCUCCAGUGCAGUGUUCUCUGUUUACCUCGCCUCUUCGUCUCAAAACAUACAAGCGAUGACAAGUAUUUGCACCAAGAUGAAGAUAAAUAACAAUGUUUUAUGGUCUUCAUCGUUAGGGUUUGUGUGUCCGACUCUGUUAAACACACAUAGUUUACGUGACUAUUUGAUAAAAGAAAUAGCAAAAGGUUGACUUGAUUUCCUCCCUUCCAGUUACCUUUCAUUCUUAAAAUGUGUCUCAGAAUCUUUCUCUUAAAGGGACAGUUCGCCCCAUAAUCCAAAACACAUGUUUUUCCUCUAACCUGUAGAGUUAUAUAUCAAUAUAUAUUGUUUUAUUGUGAAUUGCAGAGUGUUGGAGAUAUCGUCCGUAGACGUCUGAACUCGAUGGCGCUCGGCACGUGGAGCUCAAAGCGCAAAAAAAUACAUUUUAAAAACUCAACAGGAAUGUUUCUUUCCAGAAAUCACGACCUGGUUACAAGAUGAUCCUCAGACCUUGUUGUGAGCAGCUUCAUGUAGGGACUACUUUCUUUCUACCAAACUACACCCACUAACCGGAUCACCGCGCAGGAGGAGGAAGUCAUCUCAAAUCAAAUCAAAUGUAUUUAUACAGCCCAGUAUCACAAAUUAUACAUUUGUCUCAGUGUGCUUUACAGACUGUACAGGAUACAACACCCUCUGUCCUUAGACCCUCUGU